AUGGAACUCCAGCUGCAUGACUCAGAUGAGGAUCUGUAUGAAGAACCGUUCCAAGACAGUUAUCCUUCACGGAAGAGCAGCAAUCAAACCACAGCCAUGCGUCACAGCGGAGCCGCUCGCGCUCCAUGCGCUCCCCGAAACAUCAACCUGACGGUUCCCAUCAGAUCCCCGGCCACAUCCCCACCAAGAAGAUCUGUAGACCAAAGGAGCUUCAAUCUCAACAACCUAAUCUGCCGGUUGCUGAUCGUUGAGAGCGGCGUGGUGGAGAACAAUUGA